UAUUGUUCUCAAAUAUAUUAAGUGUAUAAUCUAUGUGUAUUAUGUUGUGUUUUGGUUUAGGCUGUGCCAUGGCUGUGCAAACAAAAGUGGGAAUCGUAUUACCAAUUGAGCUUAAGUACUGAUUUAUAAUAUUUAACUUUAUUGCAACACUAAAAAUCGUUGUCUUAAUUAAUAUCGUUUAUUUAUUCGACACCAUUGAAUUUCCUUAGGUUAUGAUUACUGUGUAUAGCUUGUAAGUACUGUUGUGAUAAGAGCCAAGAGAAACGCCUUAUCAGCCAGAGCCGGUACCGAAGUGAGGACGUGUAAACUACAUUUUCUAUAACAAUUUAAAAUUUGAUUGCCUAAAAUUUGAAUAUGUCCGGAGAUAGUUCUAAUGUAAUCGAUCCGAAAAAAAUUGCCUUAAUAACUGGAAUAACUGGCCAGGAUGGUUCAUACUUAGCAGAAUUUCUCAUAGACAAAGGCUAUGAAGUUCACGGGAUCCUUCGUCGAUCCUCGUCAUUCAACACUGGCCGCAUCCAACACUUGUAUGGACAACCCGCGUGUCACACGGGUGGUAAAAUGCACCUACAUUACGGAGAUUUGAGUGACACGUCAUGUCUUAUUAGCAUCAUAGCAAAGACUCGGCCCAAAGAGAUAUACAAUCUAGGGGCCCAAUCUCAUGUAAAAGUAUCAUUUGAAUUAAGCGAAUACACAGCACAAGUAGACGCUCUUGGUACUUUGAGGCUCUUAGAAGCGGUCAGAGCUGCCGGCCUUGAAAAAGAUACUAAAAUAUACCAGGCUUCUACAUCCGAGCUCUAUGGAAAAGCUGUAGAAGUACCACAGAAUGAGAAAACUCCUUUUUAUCCUAGGUCCCCUUAUGCUUGCGCUAAACUGUACGCGUAUUGGAUAGUUGUGAACUACAGAGAGGCGUAUCAAAUGUUCGCCUGUAACGGACUACUGUUCAACCACGAGAGUCCACGGCGUGGCGAGAACUUCGUCACGAGGAAGAUAACGAGAGGUGUCGCCAAAAUUACCCUAGGCCUCAUGCCUUAUUUGGAGUUAGGGAACUUGGAUAGCAAAAGAGAUUGGGGGCACGCCAAGGAUUACGUCGAGGCUAUGUGGUUGAUGCUCCAACAAGACGAGCCCGAGGACUUCGUGGUGGCGACGGGGGAAACGCACAGCGUCCGCGAGUUCGUCGAGAAGUCGUUCGCGUGCGUGGGGCGCUGCGUGGCGUGGCGCGGCGCCGGCGUGCACGAGACCGGACACGACGCGCACACGGAACAACUACUCGUCAAAGUCAACCCUAAGUAUUUCCGCCCCACCGAAGUGGACUUAUUACUAGGCGAUCCAAGCAAGGCGAAACAGAAGUUAGGAUGGGCCCCCAAAGUUAGCUUCGACCAACUAGUCAAGGAUAUGGUAGAAGCGGAUCUAGAAUUGAUGAAAAAGACACCAGAAGCGUAGAAUCUAUUUAUUUGCGGAAACCAUUACAUUAUGUAGAUCUCUAUAUACUGCGGAGCGAGCUACGGCAAUAGUUGGCAUUUACGUCAGAUUAGAGUGACAGCGGCUGUCACUUUAAGAAUUUUUUAUCUGUGGCAGCGAGCUGGCCAUCUUGUAAAAACUACUUACUCAAACACGACAGAUAUUACAAAGCAUUAGGUUAAAUAUUUAAGAUUUUGUUACACUUUGCAGAGUAGUUGUGUACUUUAAAUUAUUGCCUGAUGACGCUGUUUAUCAUUUGUUUUAUUGCGUAAGUUUUUUUGAAAACUAUAUAAUUUUUUUAUUGUACUCAAGAUUUUCGCCGAACGCCCACUCCGAGAUCCAAGCGUGUUAAGCUGAAGCUCCCUAACACCUUAUGUAUAACUAAAACAUAAAUUAUGGCUUUGAUUGUACAACUCGACCAAGCUAAGUUUGCACCUCGCUGGAAUGCGGCGCCCCGCCCGCUUCCCCGCUCACCUUCCCGCAAUCGCCCCGUCGCGUCAGUACGGUUAGCAUCGUUGUCGCCGACACGCGUCAUACGAGUUUUCGUCUCCCUAUCCGUUGAAUUUUAAAUUUUUAACUGUUCUUGUUAGGUUUUUCUUGAACUGUUUUUACUGAACGCUUAACGUUAAUUUUUUUUUUCUUCGAGAGGAUUGUUGUGUGCAACAAAAAUGAAAGGAGAGGUCAUACACAGUGAAGGGAGAAACAUAAUCCUGAAAAGGAAACCUAAAGGAAAAUUAUUACUGAGCAAUUGGGAUACAAAUUUAAAAAGUGCAAGAACGCAUAGGUGGUCUUAAUACAAAAACCCGAUUUUUUCUUAUUGCCUUUGUAGGCAGACGAGCAUACGGCCCACCUGAUGGUGAGUGGUUACCGUCGCCCAUGGACUUCAGCAAUGCCAGGGGCAGAGCCAAGCCGCUGCCUACCGCUAAAUUAUCGCUAUAUCCUAAUGUACCUAUCUAUAAUAUAUUGUUAAAAACAAUAAAUGCAAAGUGAAAUCUAACAAACAUUUGUUAACAUUUUUAAAGUCAUAGCGAAUCCUUUUUUCAGACCGUACCUAAGCGGCAGUGUGACGUAAUCGAUGCGAGGUACAAACCUAGCUUGGUCGAGCUGUAUGUUUGUAUUUGUAUAUAUAUAUAAUGACAUAUUAAACUAAUUUUAAUAAUAUAAUGUUAUGUAAUUGAAUUCUGUAAUCCAUCGUGUAUGUAACAUAGCUAGUAAGAAUAAUGAAAUAAUACAGAAGUUUAAUACAGUGUGCUUAGUGCGAGUUUUUUAACGUUCUCGAUAGCGUAAAAGUUAACCCAAUUUUGUAUGCAGUUGGAACAGCGCCCCUAGCGGCAAACGUAGGCAAACGAUCCCGUUCCAUACAAAUAUAAGUUAACUUUUACGCUAUCGAGAACGUUAAAAAACUCGCACUAAGCACACACACAGGUCGAAUUUACGAAAGAAAUAAGUUUCAUUACAAUAGGUUGGUACGACUGAUCUUUGGAAUUAAAUGUUAUGUCUGUAAUUGAUUGAUAACAAAAAUAGUUUUUUUUUUGAAGUGAAAACUUCUUUAGAAUCGUUGUGAUUUCAAACCGGAUGCAACGGAAAAAACGACAGGUAAGAGACACAAAUACAAAAAUGUGUAGGAUGAAGCCAGCAAAGAAUGAGACAGAAAUAUACAUACUAUUUAAUACAGCGCCAUCUGUGAGAUUUUUUAAUACUAACGUGUGUAUGAAAGCUCUUGUAGUGAAUUUUAAUUCAGGAUUAUACGUGAAAUUAAAAUAUCAAUUCACAGAGGGCGCUACCUUACAAUUAUUUACUAAUGACAAAAUUUUACAUAUACUUAAGACGUUUAGGAUAAUUGUAUUUUAAUUUUGGAAGGUUUCACUUCUACCUCGUGUGAAUUGCACACAUGUAAUUUUUUUAGUUAUAAUGCCUCAUCAAAGUCACUAUUCUGUCGUCUGAUAUUGAUGACGUCACAAUUUCGUACAUAGACUACAUUCUCGUAUACACACAUAAACAAUUACAAAUGCGAUAUGGGUACACAGUUAAAAAACGCAUUUAAAUAUAAAUAGAAUGUAGAAAAUCUUAGUAUUAUAUUUUUUACAUUAUCUGAACGGUGAAACAUACAGUGAGUAAUGUAAAUUAAAUUUAAAUAAUCCUGUUUGUGUGUUGUUUUUUUUGUCUCAACUUAAAAUUGUAACUAUGUAGAUAAGACUGACUCGGUAGCAUUGGAAUUAGCGCCCCUGAUUGCUACACCGAGGGUCGUCGGUUCGAUUCUCAAAACGAGCAAACAUUCGUGUCAUGAACAAGUUUGUUUGCUCUCUGUGUGGGUGCUUAAUAUCUUUAAAGGUAUUUAUUUAUAUGUAGGUAUAUAAGUAUGUAUACUAGUGUAUACAUAAGUAUAUAUAUCAGACUGGUUCCCCUGGUACAGGGAAUCAUAGUUUGAGGCCGUGUGGCAGUUGGCUUCGAUUAAUAUUCAUUUAUUCUAUUUAUCCCUUUGACUGCCAUCUAAAUCAGCGGUGCCCUACGCGGCGCACUGAAGUAAUUCGACAUGAUUCCUAACGUUGCCUUCUUUUGUUUGUUAAUGUAUAUUUUAGUUUUUUAGGUCUCUUAGAAAUAGAUUCAUUCUCAGUAUCUUUCGGUUCGUCUUAAGUUAAAGAAGAAAAAAAAAGAGUUAAAAAUCUCUAAGCACACAGAUGCAAGUCAAGUCAUCCCAUUCAUCCAGACACAGCCCACUAAAUUUCUCGCUGGACAUUCUCAGUGGGUUGCGAUUCGGAUAGUUGUAGAUUUGGCGAAGUACUGACUCUUGCUAGGGCUAGUGUUAACAAAGUCACCAAGCUGAGCUACGUGAACUCGCUUACGCGUUGGAUAAGACUAGUAUAACCCCUUAAUAUUUAUUCGCAUAGAUAGCAAAAAAAAUCAAUUGUUAAAACAUCAGUGUGCUUAGUGCGAGUUUCUUAACGUUCAUUUUUUUUACUGCCUAGAUGUGUGGACGAGCUCACAGCCCACCUGGUGUUAAGUGGUUACUGGAGCCCAUAGACAUCUACAACGUAAAUGCGCCGCAUACCUUGAGUUAUAAGUUCUAAGGUCUCAAUAUAAUUAUAACGGCUGCCCCACCCUUCGAACCGAAACGCAUUACUAAAUAGGCGUGGCGAUAGUACCUACCCGUGCGGACUCACAAGUGGUCCUAGUACCUUCUCGAUAGUGUAAAAGUUAAGUCAAUUUUGUAUGCAGUUGGAACAGCGCCCCUAGCGGCAAACGUAGGCAAACGAUCCCAUUCCAUACAAAUAUGAGUUAACUUUUACGCUAUCGAGAACGUUAAAAACCUCUCACUAAGCCCUCAGAUAUCAGAAUGAUAAUGAAACGAAGAGUAAAAACUAAGUUUUUAUUCAUUUAAAAAUAAACAUUCAAUAAUACGAUACAAUGUGUAUAUUUGGUGUUCAGUGUGUAAAAUUAACAAAUAAAGUACAACCUCAAUACUUCGAUACUUAUUAUUUCAAUAUUAAAUGUUACUAUUAUAUUUUGUUGGAAUUUUCAAUAAAACUACGUCAUUAUCAACAAAA